AUGUCCUAUUUAACGGAUAUCACUCAGGUGGUCGAUAGUAUUGUUAGAGAGCUUCAAAACAGUUCGAUUUAUUCGAGUUCAGGACCAGCUGAUUUAGCUCGACGAAAGGCCCUUAUCGGGAGGGCGAUCCAGUACCUACCAUCAUUAAGAAAUGAACACAAUGUUCCGCUAUUAGCAUUGGAACUGCUGUCUAGUCCAGUGGUAGCACUUCCUGAACCGGUUUGCAGCGACUUUUUGGUAGACGGAUUCAGAUCGGCUGUGGCUCGAAAGUAUUCAAUUAGCGAUCCGACAAUUCCCCCGCAAGAGUGGACUAAGUAUUUAGUACGACCUGUUAUUGACAGAUUGACAGCUGAAGGGGCUUUGUGGAGGAUACUACCAUUGUUAUCAGGUUUAAUCCAGGCUUCUAAAUAUGAGAUUCUGGCAGAUAUUGAACGAUCUGAGCGAGGUUUACGUCAGUCUAAAAUCACCUAUGUCCCUAGUGUGGCUGAUUUACGAUACCAGCAAGAUUGGUAUGUUAGGGUGUUCAACCAGAUAAUAACUCUGCCCCUUGAGUCGGAUAGUGAUUAUAAAAAAUAUCGGGAUAUUAUAAACAUGGCAUUGAUUACCUUGGCUAAAUGCCAAUGGGCGUUGGAUCCAGACGUUUAUAGUCGUCUCGUGCAUGCAGAGACUAUCGUUCGAUCUUUGCAACUGAUUUAUUCGUAUCCCGACACAAGUGUCAUAAACUCGUUAAGAUUACAAUCAUCACCUGUUAUUGAACUUGUGAAUAACCUUUUAGGAGGUUUUUCUAACAUAAUUCGCCAAUCAGUAGAAUCCAACUAUCGCAACAACCUUUCUUUUAACGAUCUAGACCUAGCAUUGAACCAUAUCCACAUGUUCGCAGAAGAUUUAAGUCGAACAUGGGUGAGACUAAAGCAUUCACCAGACUCAAUUACAAAAUCGGAGACUGAACAGUGGCAGAUUUUAAAACAGUUUAUAUUUGCAAUCUGCCUCCAGUUACAGGGAUUCGCAGGUCUACUUUUACAUGUCAAUCGCCCAAAACUAGUUCCUGUUGCAUACCUGAGUGCCAAGAUUUUAAAAACCCUCUCUCCUGUAUAUUUCAUUCUCGACAAGAUAGGCUCUGCUACUUUUGAACCUUUCAGUUUUACAUACAAUGUUUGCAUCGAUGUUCUUACUUUAAGUAGAGGCACAUUGAGACAGGCACAAGAGUCUGUGGACUCUCUUAUUAGAGCGUUGGCUGGUUCUUGCAAUCUUGGAGCUGUCUUGGACAAUGAUAUGGAUCGAGGCAAAAUUCUAUUCCUAAUUGACCUAUUCGAAAAAUUAAUCCACUUCAGCUCGUUUCAAGUCAUAAAUCAAAUCAUUCUGCCAUUUAUAGGAGAGUUUUUAGUCCCUAAUCGAGAUCCUACAAAUCGCAAGCUGUUGACGCCUUUACUAGAGUCAUCUCACUCAGUUAUGUUGCAAUAUCUUCGACUCAGUCCAGAGGUGGCUGUUAUCAAUGAUAAUGUUGUAAUGAAUUAUCUGGAUACUCUGCUUGCUCUAUUCCCUCACGAUCUAUCGAGUCCACAGCUAUUGCUAGCACUAAAGACAAUUGCUCAAUCUGUAGCAGCCCCUACUCGUCCUACAAAACAGUUGCUUCACCAAUUCCUAGAACGACUGUAUUUCAAAUGUAAAAUUACGCUACCUGCUAUUCCAUUGACUACCAAAGCAGAAGAAAAUGGCCCACCAACAGUAAGAUCUGUUUUUGUUAGUAGCUUGAUCCAUUCACUCCCACUCUUAGAACCUGGAGAUUUCCAAUUCUGGCUAGAGAGAACAGACAAACUCUUUCUUCGCCGUGGUCCUUAUUACUCACCCCUGUUCCAGGCAGAAAAUGAGUAUCUAACAGAAGACAUGGAAAAAAUGAUAUCCGGAGAGCUGGAUUUAUCAUUGGCUGACAUUGGUAUCCGGUGGUGGCACCACAGUUCAAAAUUGUAG